UGUCCAGAGGGUCGCUACGGGGCUGGAUGUAACCAAUCGUGCCACUGCUCUGGCUCCCCAUGUGACAAUGUGACAGGACAGUGUGACUGUCUUGCCGGUAUGAAGGGACAGCACUGUGAGACUGGUAAGGAUGGGGGGCAAAAUGCUAAUAAGGUGUGCUGUGUAGGGCCAUGGGGGAAGAGGAACUCUGAUGGUGGGUGGAGGGUGCAAGGGGUUCCAAUUAAUAAAUCAAAAAUAGUUUUUGUAUUUUCUUUACAUGUACUGCACAAACAUCAGGAAAGGAAAGGUGUGACUCGUUAUCAUAAAAACAUGAGAUUUUAUUAUCUACUUCAUAUUCAAAUCAUGACGUUUGGGCCGUCAAUGCCAUGGCCUUCAUCAGAUAUUAGGCAAACAUCCAAAGACAUUUGUCUGGCACUAGGUAGGUAGAAUAUGAACUGUAAAAAAAAUAAAGGUGUCACUGAAUAAAACACCUCAACCUCCAAGGCAUUUGAAAAACAAGGAAAACUCUAGGAAGACGAACCAGUCCUCCUAGAAACGGAGCCCAUCCUCUUCUGGCUGGCCGGGCAUAAUGACAAAUCCCAUAGGAAUAUCCUCCUAGCAUACCGGCAUGGAAAAAUCACUGUACCACGUCGGUCCUCUUUAAAAGCUCUCUUCAAAUCAACAUUGGCUGGGCUGGCCAGAGCAGUAUGUGUGUUAUAUUCAACAAUGUGAUCACACACAUCUCUCUCCAACUGCUAACCAUAGUAAAACAACCCAGAAAACGUGUUGUGAUUCCAUCUUUAAUGUGUUUCCAUUCUGGUCCGUUUGAGCUUCUCCUGGACGUUGUUGUGAAUACGAGCUCCUUGGAAGAGGUGAUGGAACUGAGCCUGGCAGUUUUAGAGAAGAGAGAGUACUUAAAGGCCCAGUGCAGUCAAAAACAUGAUUUUCCUGUGUUUUAUAUAUAUUUCCACAUUAUGAAGUUGGACUAAUACUGUGAAAUUUUGAAAAUGAUGAUAAUACCCUUUUAGUAUAAGAGCUGUUUGAAAAGACUGCCUAAAAUUUCAGCAUGUUUGGUGGGAGUGAGCUUUGGCCUUCCAUGGUGAAAUCACCCUGCAGUAAAUGUGUUGAUAGGCCAAUAAGAAAGUGUUCCAAACCUCUCUGCCAAUUACAUCUAAUUAUCAGUUUUCCUCUCCGCACUCAAACCACUCCGACAGUCCUAGCUAAAUUCUUGCUUGAAAAAUUGCUUUUUGCUAAGAAGCUAUUUUUGUUUAUUUUUGACCCUUUUAAUUUAAAACAAUAACAGUAAGGUACUUAAUUGUUUCCCAGAAAUUAUUUGAUAUUGAGAUAAAAACAGCUGCAUUGGACCUUUAAGGUCCACAGUGGCUAUGUCCCAAAUGGAACACUAUUCCCUACAUAGUGCACUACAUUUGACCAGGGCUCUGGUCCAUAGGGUGCCAUUUGGGACACAACCAGUGUCUUUUCUCAACCUUGUUCAAGACCGGCUAAGGUUAACUUGAACCGAAAUGGCAUGGAAAAUUAUGGGGCAGCUAAAGCAUUGUAGCAUCUCUUCAAUCACUGCUUCGUAAGAGGAGUUGUGUCACAAUACAGACCCAUAAAAACAAUGUUAACCCAUUGAAGUACACAUGCAAGAGAUGGGAAUAGAAAGGGAGAGAGAGAGAGACAGAUCAAGAGUACUCAUGGUCAGAAAGCCACUGUAGCGAGUUAUACAUACAGUAUAUUAAAACAGCACUUUAUGAAAUUAGAUUUUCAAAGAAGCCAUAUGAGAAUGAGUACUAUGUUCAUUCUUUAGUCAUGGAACCCUGGUUAGAAUAAUAAUGCUGAAUAGUAUUAGCCCCAUAUGAAGAAUAUAACAUUUCAUUCACUUAGGACAGCUUUGGAGUAUUUUUCUCUCUCACUUUCUCUCUCUCUCUCUCUCUCUCUCUCUCUCUGUCCCUCUCUUUCCCCUUAUGUCUGUUAGAGUGUGAGGAGGGUCGUUGGGGUGUGGGCUGCUCAGGCUCCUGUCCCCGCUGUCAGAACAGGGGAGUGUGUGACAAACACAAUGGAGUGUGUUGCUGUCAACCUGGAUACAUGGGCACCCUGUGUCAGAGCGGUGAGAGAUACACACACACACUAGUCACCACUCCUCAGACUUAGUAUAAUUGACCAUACUAUCUCUCUUUCGUAGCCUGCCCGGUGGGUAGAUUUGGCCUGGGUUGUCAGCUACGCUGUCUGUGUGAUAACGGUGGCCGCUGCCACCCGGUGACGGGCCACUGUGCCUGUCCUGAAGGAUGGACUGGACCCAGCUGCAGCAGAGGUAAGUAAAGAUGAUUGAUUGUGUGACCCACAAUCAUCACUGGAGUACUUUAUGGUCCGCCCUACCACGUAGACCUGGGUUCAAAUAAAAUACUAUUUGAAAUUUGGGCUUAAUUCCCUGGCUCAACGGAACCAAUAGAAGAGUCGCAAAAUUGCAAAACCUCGCCCAUCUUGCACUCCAGGCAGGCUAAAGCAAACCAGGCUAAAGUAGUUGAACCCAGGUCUGCUACCACUUCAGCUUGUAAUAAUAGUUAUAAUAACAUUGUAGUUCAUUAGUUGGUUCCUUCUUUGAUCAUGACUGUUUUAGUGAAAGUGAAAAAAUAUGAGAUAUAUGAGUUGUGGGGGUCAUGACCUUGUGUUGACCUCUGACCUCUGUCUCUAUGGCAGCAUGUGAUGCCGGGCGCUGGGGAGCGGACUGUGCCAACAUGUGUGAGUGCCCGGGCAGCGAUGGCAGCUGUGACCUCAUCACGGGACAGUGUCACUGUGAGGCGGGCUACACGGGACCACACUGCCAACAGAGUAAACACAUACAGUACAUCUCCUUGUGUGUGUGUCUAUGCUUGUGCACUUUCAUGUGUGUGUGUCGAUUUGUGUGUAACUGUACAUACACUUGCUGGGUUGGGGACAAUGCCUUAACAAAGUCACUAGCAGGGGAAAGUGUUUUAGUUUCUCUCUGAGCUCUCUCUCUCUCUCUGCCCUUGCACUGCCACAGAGUGCCCAGAAGGCUCCUUUGGCGUAGGCUGCAGACACAGGUGCCAGUGUGCCAACGAGGCGGCCUGUGAGCAUGUUAGUGGAGCCUGCACCUGCCUCACUGGUUGGACCGGCACCUACUGUGAAAAAUGUAAGUGUGUGUGUGUGUGUUGGAUAACUAAUUAGAGUAUGUGAGAAUGGCCACAUGAUAUGUUUGGAGGUGUGUAAGGUCGUCAUUAAUUGACUUAACUGUAUAAAUAAAGGUGACAUUUUAAAAUGUGUGUGUGUGUGCAGCAUGUCCUGACGGCUUCCAUGGGCUGGAGUGUCAGCAGCAGUGUCAGUGUUCUAAUGGGGGGAGAUGUGACCACCUGACGGGUGCCUGCCACUGUCCAGACGGCUGGGUCGGACCACAAUGCAAUACCAGUGAGUCCCAUUGGCCUAGGCCCGCUAUGCAAAUUCCAUCCUGCCCACCCAUACACCCAUCCAUCCAUCCAUCUAUCCAUACACAUACAGAACACGCGGCAGGUAGCCUAGCAGUUAAGAGCGUUGGGCCUGUAACUAAAAAGUCACUGGUUCGAAUCCCUGAGCCGACUAGGUGACAAAUCUGUCGAUGUGCCCUUGAGCAAGGCACUUAACCCUGAUUGCUCCUGUAAGUUUCUCUGGAGAAGAGCAUCAAACACAUGUCAAACAAACUAGACAAAAGCACACAAAUGAAUUAUGUUAGUAACUAAAUUUAUAUGAGAUCUUUUCUAUUGCAUUAUAGUUUAUUUAAGAUACUUUCAAUAGUUCAACUCCACACCGUAAUCAGAUUGUUUUAAUUUCUCCAGGAAUUACAUUUUCCUACUAACAUCACAUUAAGAGCUGUUUGUGUGAGAAAAUGUUAUGGAACACCCCUUUAAAGAGAUUCUCUGGUACUGUUAUAUACUUUUUAGCCAGUAGUUCUGAAAGUAAUGCUCACGAGCCAAAAGUGGUCCCCGAAAAUGUAUUACUACGCCACAUAUAUGCAGAUAUGUGCACUAUGUCAUUGCUCUCUCUCUCGCUCUGCUGUGUGUGCAUCUUGCUAUCUGUCACUCAAAUGGCGAGGGGCUGAAGCUCAUUGGCUAGAACUCAAAUUGCUAGGGGGCUGGCCCACGUGGGGGAAAAUGUAGGGGAAAUGGCGCAGCACAGCUUACAGAAAAACAGUGGCUUUCAAACUAGGGAUGUUGUGGCAAAGUUCCGGAGCGUAUCUUUAACAGCCUGAAUAGUACCAAACAUGUAUCAAACCAAUAUCUGGGGGAUUUCUGUAGCCGCUCGAUAAAAGAAAAGAAAAACAGAAAAACAGGUGUCAGUACAUUUUAUGAAGUGGUAAUGGUAAUGACGUGUCUGGUGAAUACCCCUCGUGUUCCCCGCUUGUAUGUGCCAUUGCAUAAUCCCCUGGAUCGACAUAGUCAUUUUUCUGUUCUGACUGGUAAUGGGGUGCCAGGAGGGCCAGGGGCAGACUCAGUGAUUUGGAGGCCCCAAGCAGAGGCCUGUCUGAGACCCUGCCCAGAGCCGCCUCUAGCCUUUUGGGGGCCCUAAGUGAGAUUUGGUUGUCUAAUGGUAAGUCUGAGGAGGGCCCAUUCCAAAGAAUUACCUGUGUGUGCCUGCCUGUGUGUGCGUAUGUGUGCCUGCGCCUGUGUGUGCCUGUGUGUUUGUGCGUGUGCCUGUAUUGUGUGGAGAGCCGAGCGUUGCACACAACUGUCACGACACCUUUGUAUUUGUAUACAGUUAUAGUUUAUUAUGGCUGUUUUUGUUCCCCCUAACAUUCUGUGCCCUGUUCCUGUGGUAGAAUGCCAGACAGGGUGGUUUGGCCGUGGGUGUAAACACACCUGUGAAUGCCGUAAUAAUGCCACCUGUGACCCUGUGAGUGGGCAGUGCCAGUGUACGCCAGGGUGGAUCGGCCCCAGCUGUGAGAAAGGUACUGUCAAUAUGUGUGUGUGUGUAUGCGUGUGUGUGCACUUGCGGGGGUUCGUGGGUCAUUCUACCAAGAGUGCCUCUUGGGUACUGUAAUUUGGUCAAAACAAAAUCUAUUUAUCUCACCUUAUUUUAACAUUCUGUCAUAAAGAGCACAUUUAACUUAAUAAAAAAAACAUGUUUUCACAUCUCAAGUGGUUAAAAAAAGGCUAUAGUAAUUUCCAAUUAACAUUUGUAUUGUCUGUGUAUUGUAGUGUUUUAUUGAUUUUUUUUUUGUAUAUAUAGUAUAAAAAUAAAAUAAAUUGCCAAUUAAGUCCCAAUUCAAGUAACAGAGUUGACUGUAACAGGAUUGACAUUGCAUUUUAAAUCAGCCAUAAAUCCCCUUGUGACAUGGGGGAUGGAAGCAUGUUGUGUGCUACAGGAAGGGACAAUUACAUGCAAGCUUAAUUUUGUAAAUUUAUUUUUAUGUUCUAUCCUGUCUAUCUAUCGGUAACAGGGUUGAUGUGUUAUGCUUGACGUGCUCACUUUUCCACCACAAAACACCAGAAAAUUGCCAAACAAAGUAGAACUAGCUCACCUGCUUUUACAUUAUGAUUUUACUACUAUGUUCAAUAUUUAUUUUGAAUUUAACCUUUAUGGGAUCGGUGUCCCGUAUACGGGACGGUUGAGCUAACGUGCGCUAAUGUGAUUAGCAUGACUGUUGUAAGUAACAGCGAACUUUCCAGGACAUAGACAUGUCUUAUAUGGCAGAAAGCUUAAAUUCUUGUUAAUCUAACUGCACUGUCCAAUUUACAGUAGCUGUUACAGUGAAAAAAUACCAUGCUAUUGUUUGAGGAGAGUGCACAACAACAAACGUAUCGCUGCAACUGGUUUGAUACAUUCAUCUCUGAAGGUAAAUAAUGUACUUACAUUCAGUAAUCUUGCUCUGAUUUGUCAUCCUAAGGGUCCCAGAGAUAAAAUUUAGUUUUGUUUGAUAAAAUCCAUUUUUAUAUUCAAAAUGUAAGAACUGGGCUCUACAGUUUCAACCCCUGCUGUCUCUGGCUCCACACCAACCCCGCCCGGCCAUCUAGAUGUGUGAAAGUUAGUGUAUAAGCUAAUGAUCCAUCAUGUAUGACAUUCCUGGGAGUGUGUAAACUUAAAUUUUGUAUUACCAUAUCAUUUUUGUAUGUUCUCUGUAGUUAUGUACUUGAAAAUGUAUCAAUUGACCAAUUCUGUACAUUUGGGCAGACUUGAUACAAAAUAGUCCAGUAUUGCAAUGCUUCACUGGAUCUGAAACUUUGCACACACACUGCUGCCAUCUAGGGGCCUAAAUCAAAUGUGUGCCUAAACUGCAAUAUUAUAUUGUGGCAAAGUGUUUCCUUUCAAAUGGUAUCAAGAAUAUGCAUAUCCUUGCUUCAGGUCCUGACCUACAGGCAGUUAGAUUUGGGUAUGUCAUUUUAUGGGAAAAUUGAAAAAAAGGGUCCAAUCCUUAAGAGGUUAAAACGAGAGUUCAGUUUCCAUAACAGGGUUGACCUUAAAAUGAGGGACAGAUGGAAAUUAAUCAUUUAUCACAUUAAAUAAAUUAUAAUCUUCAGAAAUGACUUUUUCAAAGCAACAAAAAUAACUAUGGCUUUACAAUGAUGGGGAAAACUUGGAGACAUUUUGGGGUUAAGUGAGUUAGUCUUCCUAGAAGUCGGAAAAAUAUGACGAGGGACAUGUCAAAAUGCCGAUUUUUGGCACUUUAGCAAGUCUUCAUUGAUAUUCAAAAUCUGAUAUAUUGAAUUUUUCAUGUGGUGUAUGUUAAAGGCACCUUCAUUUAAUAUAACAGGCUUUUAUAAUUCAAUGUUAGUUUACAAUUUCUACUUAAAAUAUCAAAGGGACUCAAAGGGCACUCUAUUUGUGGAACAACCCUCCUGUGUGUUUGUAUGCAUAUGUGCAUUUAUCCAUGCACACACAUCCGGGCAUGUUUGUAAAAGACAACCUGUGUGUGUGCUCAUGCAUGUGUGCAUGCGUGACAGAGAAUGUAUUAUUUUGCUUACAAAAUUGGAAAGUCCAUUUGAAAAGCAGGUUAUAUUUAGCUGCUAUUCAAUCCUCCACAUCUGCACAUUUCAUUGAGCGUCCCUAAUGCUAAGUAAUGGUAGCAUUCCCUCCCUUUCCAACCACUAUACAUACAGGACAGUGGCUACACUCUGAUUCUCUACCCUUCUCCCUAAAGUGUGCAGUCAUUCACUCCCCCUAAAGGGUUGAAAUAGAACAGACAAUACAUACAAUACAGUGGCUGCACUUUGAUUAUCUUCCCUGUCCCCUGAAGUGUGCACUCAACUUUUUCACUCAACUUUUUCAUGGACUUGUGUACGUUUGAAAUAUGGUGGAAUCUAACUCAUGUUUACAGCGAUGUGUAUCUUUCUUUCAGAAUGUGUAGACGGCUUCUAUGGACAAGACUGCCACUAUCACUGCCUGUGUCAGAACGGGGGUGUGUGUGAUCAGUUCUCUGGGCGCUGCUCGUGCUCCAAUGGGUGGACCGGGGCAGCCUGCGAACUGCGUAAGUGGUGGAUCAACUUCUAGGGCCAAAUAGGGAAGAAGGGGGGUUGGGAGAUUUCCAAUGCACUUAGGCCCUCAACAACGGUUAUAGGGAUACUGCGAGAUUCUACUUACCCAAAGUCAGAUGAACUCGUGGAUACCAUUUGUAUGUCUCUGCGUGCCGUAUGAAGAAAGUUAGCAGUAGUUUUGCAAGCAAAGCUAACUAGCGUUUGCGCAAUUACUGAAAGUCUACAGGUACGGUAAAUGCCAGAAUCUCGCAGUAUCCCUAUAAUGCAAUAACAGAUAAUGUUAUAACUGGUCAUAAUGCAAUAACUUUUUAACAGGGUAAUGUAAUAAGUUGCCGGAUAAUGUAGGCUAAUAAACAUGUUGAACAGAUAAUGUGAUCUUUUUUCCACUGUAAUAAGUUAGUGUGUUAUCCUGUGGUUAAUUAUGUUAUUAGGUGAGUAACAACUUUUUGGAUGAAUAAUUAACUUCAACGGAUCAUGUAAAAUUCCAAAAUCACUGUCUUUAUGAUUUAUUUAAUUUAUUUUAAGGGUGAUACGCUAAUCAAUCCGCUGGCUAGACCUAGUUACAACUAUGUAUACCAUGUAGACACCAUAUAAUAAGUCCUUAAUAGAAGUCUGAGUUCAACCUCCUGUGUGUGCCACUCCCCCUCCCAUUGUACUGUAUCUCAGCACAUUUUCGAACAAUGGCUGCAAUAAGUGCUGUGGUUCUUCCAAUCACAAAAGGUUGUGGUAGUGUAGAUGUGAGCCAUCGCAGGUCAAUUCACAGUUCUUACCUGAGCAUUUACAGUCCAUUCGGAAAGUAUUCAGACACCUUCCCCUUUUCCACAUUUUGUUACGUGAUAUUUCAGUUUUUAUUUUUAAUAAAUGCUAUUUUUUUUCUCGCUAAUAACUUAUUUUUGCUUUGUGAUUAUGGGGUAUUGUGUAUAGAUUGAUGAAGGGAAAAAACUAUUUCAUCCAUUUUAGAAUAAGGCUGUAACGUAACAACAUGUGGAAAAAGUGAAGGGGUCUGAAUACUUUCAGAAUGCACUGUCCAUACAGUUUAAAAUACUACAUGACAUUACAUUUCAUAACACCUUACCCAACACAUUGAGUGUGUUCCCUCAGGCCACCACUCCACCACCACAUAUUUACAAUACAACAUCCAUGUGCACGUGUGUGUAGAUUGCGUGUCUUAUCAUGUGUAUGUUUGUCUGUGCCUGUGUGUGUCUCUUCACAGCCCCCGCUGUUCCAUAAGGUGUCUUUUUAUCAGUAAAAAAAAAAUCUGAUUCUACUGCUUGCAUCAGUUACCUGAUGUGGAAUCGAGUUCCAUGUAGCCAUUAAUCUAUGUAGUACUGUGCACCUCCUAUAGUCUGUUCUUGACAUGGGGAUUGUGAAGAGACCAUUGGUGGCAUGCCUUGUGGGGUAUGCAUGGGUGUCCAAGCUGUGUGUUAGUACUUUAAACAGACACCUCGGUGCAUUCAGCAUGUCAACAUAUUUUUUUUUUAAUAUUGAAUGACAUCCGAAUAGCAAGUCAGUUGGUGUGAUAUACAAAUGCAUUUACUGUAAGUAGGCUUUACAUGACAAGGGAAGUGGGUUAUGGAAGGCAGCAAAAGAGAGGGAUCAGAAACCAUAUCAUAUGUUGUGUCAUUUCUUACCAACGGGCUGUGGUAAAAAAUUUAAACUACCGACUGCCAGUAAAACAAGUAUUGGCAUUGAGAAUGUGUGGCGCAGUGGUCUAAGGCAUUGCAUUGCAGUGCUAGCUGUGCCACUAGAGAUCCUGGUUCAAAUCCAGGCUCUGUCGUAGCCAGUCGCGACCGGGAGACACAUGGAGCGGCACACAAUUGGCCCAGUGUCGUCCAGGGUAGGGGAGGGAAUGGCCGGCAGGGAUAUAGCUCAGUUGGUAGAGCAUGGGGUUGUGGGUUCGAUUCCCACGGGGGGUAUGAAAAAUUUAAAAAAUUAUGUAUGCACUCACUAACUGUAAGUCGCUCUGGAUAAGAGCGUCUGCUAAAUGACUAAAAUGUAAAUGUAAAUUGAUGCCAAACCACACAAGUCUGUGACAUGAAAUAGUCUAACACCUCACAGGUGACAACUUAAGAGGGGCAAACUGCUCUUACCAGGAUCCAAUCUUCUCACCCUCCUCUUACAUUUUAGCAGACGCUCUUAUCCAGAGCGACUUACAGUUAGUGAGUGCAUACAUUUUCAUACUGGCCCCCGUGGGAAACGAACCCACAACCCUGGCGUUGCAAGCGCCAUGCUCUACCAACUGAGCUACAGGGGACUCAUCUUUAAUGUUGGCAUUCAACCUCAGUGUUUGACUAUAGAAGUUGCUUUCAGUGUAUUGCUCGGAUAUGUACCAAUAUAGCUCUCUCAUCAUUGCCUCUUGUGCGUGACGUCUUCUUUCAACACUCAGUGAUUUCAAGAGAGAAGCUACAUAUUGUCCAAAUUGGUCAUAAAGAUCAGAUAAUGCAGUCUCCCGAGUGGCGCAGUGGUCUAAGGCACUGCAGAUGCAGUGCUAGCUGUGCCACUAGAGAUCCUGGUUCAAAUCCAGGCUCUGUCGUAGCCGGCUGCGACCGGGAGACCCAUGGGGCGGCGCACAAUUGGCCCAGGGUAGGGGAGGGAAUGGCCGGCAGGGAUGUAGCUCAGUUGGUAGAACAUGGUGUUUGCAACGCCAGGGUUGUGGGUUCGAUUCCCAUGGGGGGCCAGUAUGAAAAAUAUAAAAAUAAUGUAUGCACUAACUGUAAGUCGCUCUGGAUAAGAGCAUCUGUUAAAUGUUAUUUAAACAUUUUUAUCUAAUACAUCGAACAUCUUCCUCCACAAGGCAGUUGAAUCAAUGACCUUGUCCUCCUGGAGUUUUAUUUUGUUACAUGGGGACUUGCUCACUUCUUCAUGUUUAAUGUUGAAGAUAUUCUGACCAGCCAUGGCUAGGAUAAAUCGAUGUUACAGCUUCUUCCCUGACACAGGUGGCUAUUAUUGGAAAGGUCAGACACAUCCCUCUCAACAAAUUCCACCCACCUUCGGAGGCGUUCAGGACUUUUUUCGGGAAGCGAAAUAGUGUUGGCUUCGGUGUCUGACAUCCAGAGAGGAUGCACUUCUUUCCUGGCAUUUUUUAGGCUACUGAAUUUACUGUACUAGGGUACUCCGUGCACUUGGAGAGAUGUACAGGGCAUGUAGCAAGUUAACACUGGCCAAGCGACCAAAGCACAGAAAGGGAGGGGCUCAGUAGAACAGGCAACGCUGAUGAAGCCUCUUCACCACAUGUCAACAACUCUUCGACUUUCGCAGUUGAGUCUAAAAAACAGAAAUUUGUCUCAAAACGACUGCUGUACACUUUGGAACUAGAAAUGGAACAUAACUAUUGGUAGCACUUUCUUUUACUGUACAGAACUUACUGUGUAAUUACCUAGAAAUACAUUUUAAUAAUGUGUAAUGAAUUAAUAAGUGUUUCCAUUAGGCUACUCACCAUUGCAUCCACUAUGAUUUGUGCCAGAUGUUAUUCCUGAUAUCUUGUGAACCAAGCCGACCUCAAGAGGUCCUGUGUAGUUAUAAAGUAGAAUGAGGAAUCAAAGGCUGGCUGAUCUGUUCGGUUUAUUUGCUGACUAGAGCUAGUUACAUGGUAUGAAAGUCUCUAGAUAGAAUAAGUCCUAAAUAGAAGUUUGAGUUCAACCUCAUGGAAACUCCCCCUCCCAUUGUAUUGUAUCUAUGAGCACAUUUCAAACAAUGACAGCAAUAAUUGCUGUGGUGUUUACAAACACAAAAGGAAAGGUUGUGGUAGAUGUGAGCCAUCACAGGUCAGUUCACAGCUCUUACAAUCUGACUAUUUACAGUAUGUUAAUGUCUCAAAGAGCUAUUUACAUAAUCAACUGGAAACUGGGUUCUCUUUAUCUCUAUCCCACUCUUCCCUUUCAAUUCAAUUCUAUUCUAUUUCAAUUUAAGGGCUUUAUUGGCAUGGGAAACACAUGUUAACAUUGCCAAAGCAAGUGAAGUAGAUAGUAAACAAAAGUGAAAUAAACAAUAAAUAUUAACAGUCAACAUUACACUCAGAAGUUCCAAAAGAAUAAAGACAUUUCAAAUGUUAUAUUAUGUACAGUGGGGAAAAAAAGUAUUUAGUCAGCCACCAAUUGUGCAAGUUCUCCCACUUAAAAAGAUGAGAGAGGCCUGUAAUUUUCAUCAUAGGUACACGUCAACUAUGACAGACAAAUUGAGAAAAAAAAAUCUAGAAAAUCACAUUGUAGGAUUUUUAAUGAAUUUAUUUGCAAAUUAUGGUGGAAAAUAAGUAUUUGGUCACCUACAAACAAGCAAGUUUUCUGGCUCUCACAGACCUGUAACUUCUUCUUUAAGAGGCUCCUCUGUCCUCCAUUCGUUACCUGUAUUAAUGGCACCUGUUUGAAGUUGUUAUCAGUAUAAAAGACACCUGUCCACAACCUCAAACAGUCACACUCCAAACUCCACUAUGGCCAAGACCAAAGAGCUGUCAAAGGACACCAGAAACAAAAUUGUAGACCUGCACCAGGCUGGGAAGACUGAAUCUGCAAUAGGUAAGCAGCUUGGUUUGAAGAAAUCAACUGUGGGAGCAAUUAUUAGGAAAUGGAAGACAUACAAGACCACUGAUAAUCUCCCUCGAUCUGGGGCUCCACGCAAGAUCUCACCCCGUGGGGUCAAAAUGAUCACAAGAACGGUGAGCAAAAAUCCCAGAACCACACGGGGGGACCUAGUGAAUGACCUGCAGAGAGCUGGGACCAAAGUAACAAAGCCUACCAUCAGUAACACACUACGCCGCCAGGGACUCAAAUCCUGCAGUGCGAGACGUGUCCCCCUGCUUAAGCCAGUUCAUGUCCAGGCCCGUCUGAAGUUUGCUAGAGUGCAUUUGGAUGAUCCAGAAGAGGAUUGGGAGAAUGUCAUAUGGUCAGAUGAAUCCAAAAUAUAACUUUUUGGUAAAAACUCAACUCGUCGUGUUUGGAGGACAAAGAAUGCUUAGUUGCAUCCAAAGAACACCAUACCUACUGUGAAGCAUGGGGGUGGAAACAUCAUGCUUUGGGGCUGUUUUUCUGCAAAGGGACCAGGACGACUGAUCCGUGUAAAGGAAAGAAUGAAUGGGGCCAUGUAUCGUGAGAUUUUGAGUGAAAACCUCCUUCCAUCAGCAAGGGCAUUGAAGAUGAAACGUGGCUGGGUCUUUCAGCAUGACAAUGAUCCCAAACACACCGCCCGGGCAACGAAGGAGUGGCUUCGUAAGAAGCAUUUCAAGGUCCUGGAGUGGCCUAGCCAGUCUCCAGAUCUCUACCCCAUAGAAAAUCUUUGGAGGGAGUUGAAAGUCUGUGUUGCCCAGUGACAGCCCCAAAACAUCACUGCUCUAGAGGAGAUCUGCAUGGAGGAAAGGGCCAAAAUACCAGCAACAGUGUGUGAAAACCUUGUGAAGACUUACAGAAAACGUUUGACCUGUGUCAUUGCCAACAAAGGGUAUAUAACAAAGUAUUGAGAAACUUUAGUUAUUGACCAAAUACUUAUUUUUCCACCAUAAUUUGCAAAUAAAUUCAUUAAAAAUCCUACAAUGUGAUUUUCUGGGAAAAAAAAUGAUCAUAGUUGACGUGUACCUAUGAUGAAAAUUACAGACCUCUCUCAUCUUUUUAAGUGGGAGAACUUGCACAAUUGGUGGCUGACUAAAUGCUUUUCCCCCACUGUAUUACAUUUACAUUUUAGUCAUUUAGCAGACGCUCUUAUCCAGAGCGACUUACAGGAGCAAUUAGGGUUAAGUGCCUUGCUCAAGGGCACAUCGACAGAUUUUUCACCUAGUCGGCUCGGGGAUUAGAACCAGCGACCUUUCGGUUACUGGCACUACGCUCUUAACCACUAAGCUACCUGCCGCCCCCAACACUGUAUUACAACACUGUAUAUAUACAGUGUUGUAACAAUGUGCAAAAUAUGUAAAUGGGAAAAUAAAUAAACAUAAAUAUGGGUUGUAUUUACAAUGGUGUUUGUUCUUCACUGGUUGCCCUUUUCUUGUGGCAACAUGUCACAAAUCUUGCUGCCGUGAUGGCACACUGUGGUUUUUCACCCAGUAGAUAAGGGAGUUUAUCAAAAUUGGGUUUGUUUUCAAAUUCUUUGUGGAUCUCUGUAAUCUGAGGGAAAUAUGUGUCUCUAAUAUGGUCAUACAGUUGGCAGGAGGUUAGGAAGUGCAGCUCAGUUUCCACCUCAUUUUGUGGGCAGUCAUAGCAUGACAUAGCAUGUCUUCUCUUGAGAGCCAGGUCUGCCAGUCUGUACAUAGUCAAAGCUUUCCUUAAGUUUGGGUCAGUCACAGUGGUCAGGUAUUCUGCCACUGUGUACUCUCUGUUUAAAGCCAAAUAGCAUUCUAGUUUGCUCAAUUUUUUUUUUAAUUCUUUCCAAUGUGUCAAGUAAUUCUCUUUUUGUUUUCUCAUGAUUUGGUUGGGUCUAAUUGUGUUGUUGUUGUUGUACUGGGGCUCUGUUUGUUGUGAACAGAUCCCCAGGACCAGCUUACUUAGGGGACUCUUCUCCAAGUUCAUAUUUUAUUAUUAUUAUUAGUCAUUUAGCAGACGCUCUUAUCCAGAGCGACAUACAGGAGCAAUUAGGGCUAAGUGCCUUGCUCAUGGGCACAUCGACAGAUUUUUCACCUAGUCGGCUCGGGGAUUAGAACCAGCGACCUUUCGGAUACUGGCACAAGGCUCUUAACCACUAAGCUACCUGCCAACUCUCUGUAGGUGAUGGCUUUGUUAUGGAAGGUUUGGGAAUCGCUUCCUUUUAAGUGGUUAUAGAAUUUAACGGCUCUUUUCUGGAUUUUGAUCAUUAGCGGGUAUCGGCCUAAUUCUGCUCUGCAUGCAUUAUUUUGUGUUUUUCAUGGUACACAGAGGAUGUUUUUGCAGAAUUCUGCAUGCAGAGUCUCAAUUUGGUGUUUGUCCCAUUUUGUGAAUUCUUGAUUGGUGAGCGGACCCCAGACCUCACAACCAUAAAGGGCAAUGGGUUCUAUAACUGAUUCAAGUAUUUUUAGCCAGAUCCUAAUUGGUAUGUCAAAUUGUAUGUACCUUUUGAUGGCAUAGAAGGCCCUUCUUGCCUUGUCUCUCAGAUCGUUCACAGCAUUGUGGAAGUUACCUGUGGCGCUGAUGUUUAGACCGAGGUAUGUAUAGUUUGUGUGCUCUAGGGCAACGGUGUCUAGAUGGAAUUUGUAUUUGUGGUCCUGGCAACUGGACCUUUUUUGGAACACCACUAUUUUUGUCUUACUGAGAUUUACUGUCAGGGCCCAGGUCUGAAAGAAUCUGUGCAGAAGAUCUAGGUGCUGCUGUAGACCCUCCUUGGUUGGUGACAGAAGCACCAGAUCAUCAGCAAACAGUAGACAUUUUACUUCAGAUUCUAGUAGGGUGAGGCCGGGUGCUGCAGACUGUUCAAGUGCCCUGGCCAAUUCGUUGAUAUAUAUGUUGAAGAGAGUGGGGCUUAAACUGCAUCCCUGUCUCACACCACGGCCCUGUGGAAAGAAAUGUGUGUGUUUUUUGCCAAUUUUAACUGCACACUUGUUGUUUGUGUACAUGGAUUUUAUAAUGUCGUAUGUUUUUUCCCCCAACCCCACUUCCAUCAAUUUGUAUAGCAGACCCUCAUGCCAAAUUGAGUCAAAAGCUUUUUUUUAAAUCAACAAAGCAUGAGAAGACUUUGCCUUUGUUUUGGUUUGUUUGUCAAUUAGGGUGUGCAGGGUGAAUACGUGGUCUGUCGUACAGUAAUUUGGUAAAAAGCCAAUUUGACAUUUGCUCAGUACAUUGUUUUCACUGAGGAAAUGAACUAGUCUGCUGUUAAUGAUAAUGCAGAGGAUUUUCCCAAGGUUGCUGUUGAUGCAUAUCCCACGGUAGUUAAUGGGGUCAUAUUUGUCUCCACUCUAGUGGAUUGGGGUGAUCAGUCCUUGGUUCCAAAUAUUGAGGAAGAUGCCAGAGCUAAGGAUGAUGUUAAAGAGUUUAAGUAUAGCCAAUUGGAAUUUGUGGUCUGUAUAUUUUAUCAUUUCAUUGAGGAUAACAUCAAGACCACAGGCCUUUUUGGGUUGGAGGGUUUUUAUUUUGUACUGUAGUUCAUUCAAUGUAAUUGGAGAAUCCAGUGGGUUCUGGUAGUCUUUAAUAGUUGAUUCUAAGAUUUGCAUUUGAUCAUGUAUAUUUUUUUGCUGUUUGUUCCUUGUUAUAGGGCCAAAAAGAUUGGAGAAGUGGUUUACCCAUACAUCUCCGUUUUGGAUAGAUAGCUCUUCGUGUUGUUGUUUGUUUAGUGUUUUCCAAUUUUCUCAGAAGUGGUUAGAGUCUAUGGAUUCUUCAAUUACAUUGAGCUGAUUUCUGACAUGCUGUUCCUUCUUUUUCCGUAGUGUAUUGUUUUAGUGAUUCUUCAUAGUGAAGGCGUAGGCUCAGGUUUUCUGGGUCUCUAUGUUUUUGGUUGGAUAGGUUUCUCAAUUUCUUUCUUAGGUUUUUGCAUUCUUCAUCAAACCAUUUGUCACUGUUGUUACUUUUCUUUGGUUUUCUGUUAGAGAUUUUUAGAUUUGAUAGGGAAGCUGAGAGGUCAAAUAUACUGUUUGGGUUUUCUACUGCCAAGUUUACACCUUCACUAUUAAAGUGGAACGUUUUGUCCAGGAAGUUUUCUAAAAGGGAUUGAAUUUGUUGUUGCCUAAUUGUUUUUUGGUAGGUUUCGACACUACUUUCCUUCCAUCUAUAGCAUUUCUUAAUAUUAUUCAGUUCCUUUGGCUUUGAUGCCUCAUGAUUGAGUAUUGCUCUGUUCAAGUAGACUGUAAUUUUGCUGUGGUCUGAUUGGGGUGUCAGUGGGAUGACUGUGAACGCUCUGAGAGACUCUGGGUUGAGGUCAGUGAUAAAGUAGUCUACAGUACUAUUGCCAAGAGAUGAGCUAUAGGUGUACCUACCAUAGGAGUCCCCUCGAAGCCUACCAUUAACCAUGUACAUACCCAGUGUGCGACAGAGCUGCAAGAGUUGUGACCCGUUUUGGUUGGUUAUGUUGUCAUAGUUGUGCCUAGGGGGGCAUAUGGGGGAGGGAAUGCUGUCACCUCCAGGUAGGUGUUUGUCCCCCUGUGUGCUGAGGGUGUCAGGUUCUUGUCCAGUUCUGACAUUGACGUCACCACAGACUAGUACCUGGGUCUGGAAAUUAUCUUUCUUUCUGUCUCUUUCUCCCUCUUUCUUUCCUUAUCUUCCUCCAUCCUCAUGUCUCUCUCUCUCUAUCCCCAGAGUGUGCCCAUGGCUGGUUUGGGGCGGACUGUGCUCUGCCCUGUGAGUGUUUGAAUGGUGGUGUGUGUGACCGUCGCAUUGGAGAGUGCAGCUGUGGCCCGGGCUGGGUAGGACAGCACUGUCAGACAGGUAAGGAAUAAGUAUCCUAAACAUAUUACCUUAAAACCUGUACUUUCUUACACUCUGACCUGACUUACUGAGUGUAUGUGUACGUGUGUGUAUGUGUCUUGUCACUGUAUGUGCAUGUUUGUGUCUGAGCAGGAGUAGUAACAGAUCACAUCAAAUCAAAUUUUAUUUGUCACAUGCGCCGAAUACAACAGUGAAAUGCUUACUUACAAACCCUUAACCAACAUUGCAGUUUUACGAAAGAAUACCAAAAAAUUGACAAAGAAAUGAUCAGUCUAUAAUUUUUAUGGUAGGUUUAUUUGAACAGUGAGAGACAGAAUAACAACAAAAAAAUCCAGAAAAACGCAUGUCAAAAAUGUUAUAAAUUGAUUUGCAUUUUUAUGAGGGAAAUAAGUAUUUGACCCCUCUGCAAAACAUGACUUAGUACUUGGUGGCAAAACCCUUGUUUUGUCCCACUCCUCUUUGCAUAUCUUCUCCAAGUCAUUAAGGUUUCGAGGCUGACGUUUGGCAACUCGAACCUUCAGCUCCCUCCACAGAUUUUCUAUGAGAUUAAAGGUCUGGAGACUGGCUAGGCCACUCCAGGACCUUAAUUGUGCUUCUUCUGAGCACUCCUUUGUUGCCGUUGCCAUGUGUUUUGGGUCAUUGUCAUGCUGGAAUACCCAUCCACAACCCAUUUUCAAUGCCCUGGCUGAGGGAAGGGGGUUCUAACCCAAGAUUUGACGGUACAUUGGCCCCGUCCAUCGUCCCUUUGAUGCGGUGAGUUGUCCUUUCGCCCUUAGCAGAAACACCCCCAAGCAUAAUGUUUUCCCCCUCCAUGUUUGACGGGGGGGAUGGUGUUCUGGGGUCCAUAGGCAGCAUUCCCCUCCUCAAACAACGGCGAGUUAAUUUGAUCCCCAGAGCUCCAUUUUGGUCUCAUCUGACCACAACACUUCACCAGUUCUGCUCUGAAUCAUUCAGAUGUUCAUUGGCAAACGUCAUACGGGCCUGUAUAUGUGCUUUCUUGAGUCAGGGACCUGCGGGCGCUGCAGGAUUCAUCUUCACGGCGUAUGUGUUUACAAUUGUUUUUCCUUUGGUGACUAUCGUCCCCGCUGCCUUGAGAUCAUGACUAAUCCUCCCGUGUGUCUGGGCUAUUCCUCACCGUUUCUCAUGAUCAUUGGCAACGCCACGAGGUGAGAUCUUGCAUGGAGCCCCAGGCCGAGGGAGAUUGACAGGUUAGUUUGGGUGUUCUUCCAUUUGGCAAUAAUCGCACCAACUGUUUGUCACCUUCUUACCAAGCCGCGUUGGCGAUGGGUCUUGUAGCCCAUUCCAGCCUUGUGUAGGUCUACACUCUUGUCCCUGACAUCCUUGGAGAGCUUUUUGGUCUUGGCCAUGGUGGAGAGUUUGGAAUCUGAUUGAUUGAUUGCUUCUGUGGACAGGUGUCUUUUAUACAGGUAACAAGCUGAGAUUAGGAGCACUCCCUUUAAGAGUGUGCUCCUAAUCUCAGCUCGUUACCUGUAUAAAAGACACCUGGGAGUCAGAAAUCUUUCAGAUUGAGAGGGGGUCAAAUACUUAUUUCCCUCAUUAAAAUACAAAUCAAUUUAUAACAUUUUUGACAUGUGUUUUUCUGGAUUUUUGUGUUGUUAUUCUGUCUCUCACUGUUCAAAUAAACCUACCAAUAAAAUUAUAGACUGGUCAUGUCUUUGUCAGUGGGCAAACGUACAAAAUCAGCAGGGGAUCAAAUACUUUUGUAAUAUGUACAUGUAGGUAGAGUUAUUAAAGUGACUGUGCAUAGAUAAUAAACAGAGAGUAGCAGCAGCGUAAAAGAGGGGGGGGGGGGGGGCAAUGCAAAUAGUCUGGGUAGCCAUUUUAUUAGAUGUUCGGGAGUCUUAUGGCUUGGGGGUAGAAGCGGUUUAGAAGCCUCUUGGACCUAGACUUGGCGCUCUGGUACCGCUUGCCGUGCGGUAGCAGAGAGAACAGUGUAUGACUAGGGUGGCUGGAGUCUUUGACAAUUUGUAGGGCCUUCCUCUGACACCGCCUGGUAUAGAGGUCCUGGAUGGCAGGAAGCUUGGCCCCAGUGAUGUACUGGACCGUACGCACUACCCUCUGUAAUGCCUUGCGGUCGGAGGCCAAGCAGUUGCCAUACCAGGCAGUGAUGCAACCAGUCAGGAUGCUCUCGAUGGUGCAGCUGAAGAACCUUUUGAGGAUCUGAGGACCCAUGCCAAAUCUUUUCAGUCUCCUUAGGUUUUGUCGUGCCCUCUUCACGACUGUCUUGGUGUGCUUGGAACAUGUUAGUUUGUUGGUGAUGUGGACACCAAGGAACUUGAAGCUCUCAACCUGUUCCACUACAGCCUUGUUGAUGAGAAUGGGGGCGUGCUCGGUCCUCUUCUUUUUCCUGUAGUCCACAAUCAUCUGCUUUGUCUUGAUCACGUUGAGGGAGAGGUUGUUGUCCUGGGGAUUAUGUAAACUAACUCUAAUCAGCCUGGAUUUUUUUGGAAUUACUUAAUCUAAUAAAAGGAACAUUUGAUAAAACUUUAUAAGCAUCUCUGUUAUUUAGCGCACCCUCAAGACUUCUCACUUUCUCAUCUCAGAAAGAUUCUAUUGCCCUGCUAAUCACCCAUCAAGGGUGGAUGGCUUCUUUUGUAUUCAUACUGGUUGGUUGACUCAAUAGUUGGCCUCCAAACCAUUUACAUCUGGCCCACAGGUCAAUUAGUCGUCUGGACUCCACAGAGUUCCUGCUUGCUGCUUUGUAGCCUAUGUACUUUCGCUCUCUCUGUAGUAGUGGGAGAAAAAAAUUCUGGUUGCACAACAUUUCAAAAUGUUUUGAACAUGGUGCUUACAUACGGAACAGCAAGAGGAACUGCACCUACCUUCAGGCUAUGCCAAACCCUACACCCCAACCCGAGCACUCAGGUCUCUUGACCCUCCCACCCCUACGGGAGGGUAGCUCCAGCUCAGCCCCGUCCAAGCUCUUCUCUGUCCUGGCACCCCAACUGUGGAACCAGCUUCCCCCCGAAGCUAAGUCCCUGCCCAUCUUCCAAAAAUCUCUGAAACCCUACCUCUUCAAAAAGUAUCUUAAAUAGUCCUGCUCCUCACCUCGAUCCCCUCACACUGCCUAGUUGCCCUUCUCCCAACUGGUGGCACUACAGCUGCCCGUCGGAGCAAGCUGAUGCUUAUUUUAUAUACAGUACCAGUCAAAAGUUAGACAAGGGUUUUUCUUUAUUUUUACUAUUUUCUACAUUGUAGAAUAAUACUGAAGACAUCAAAACUAUGAAAUAACACAUACGGAAUCAUGUAGUAACCAACAAAGUGUUAAACAAAUCAAAAUAUAUUGUUAUAUUUGAGAUUCUUCAAUCUAGCCACCCUUUGCUUUGAUGACAGCUUUGCACACUCUUGGCAUUCUCUCAACCAGCUUCACCUAGAAUGCUUUUCCAACAGUCUUGAAGGAGUUCCCAUAUAUGCUGAGCACUUGUUGGCUGCUUUUCCUUCACUCUGUGGUCCAACUCAUCCCAAACAAUCUCAAUUGGGUUGAGGUCCAGUGAUUGUGGAGGCCAGGUCAUCUGAUGCAGCACUCCAUCACUCUCCUUCUUGGUCAAAUAGCCCUUACACAGCCUGGAGGUGUGUUGGGUCAUUGUUCUGUUGAAAAACAAAUGAUAGUCCCACUAAGCGCAAACCAGAUGGAAUGGCGUAUCGCUGCAGAAUGCUGUGGUAGCCAUGCUGGUUAAGUGUGACUUGAAUUCUAAAUAAAUCACAGACAGUGUCACCAGCAAAGCACCCCCACACCAUAACACCUCCUCCUCCAUGCUUCACAGUGGGAACCACACAUGCAGAGCUCAUCCGUUCACCUACUCUGCGUCUCACAAAGACACGGCGGUUGGAACCAAAAAUCUCAAAUUUGGACUGAUGAGACCAAAGGACAGAUUUCCACCAGUCUAAUGUCCAUUGCUUGUGUUUCUUGGCCCAAGCAAGUCUCUUCUUAUUAUUGGUGUCCUUUAGUAGUGGUUUCUUUGCAGCAAUUCAACCAUGAAGGCCUGAUUCACCAAAAAUCAAAAAAUCUCAAAUUUGGACUGAUGAGACCAAAGGACAGAUUUCCACCAGUCUAAUGUCCAUUGCUUGUGUUUCUUGGCCCAAGCAAGUCUCUUCUUAUUAUUGGUGUCCUUUAGUAGUGGUUUCUUUGCAGCAAUUCAACCAUGAAGGCCUGAUUCACGCAGUCUCCUCUGAACAGUUGAUGUUGAGAUGUGUCUGCUACUUGAACUCUGUGAAGCAUUUAUUCUGAGGCUGGUAACUCUAAUGAACUUAUCCUCUGCAGCAGAGGUAACUAUGGGUCUUCCUUUCCUGUGGCGGUCCUCAUGAGAGCUAGUUUCAUCAUAGCGCUUGAUGGUUUUUGCGACUACACUUGAAGAAACGUUCAAAGUUCUUGAAAUGUUCCAGAUUGACUAACAUUCAUGUCUUAAAGUAAUGAUGGACUGUCGUUUCUCUUUGCUUAUUUGAGCUGUUCUUGCCAUAUAAUAAUAAUAAUAAUAAUAAGCCAUUUAGCAGACGCUUCUAUCCAAAGCGACUUACAGUCAUGUGUGCAUACAUUUUUACGUAUGGGUGGUCCCCGGGAUCGAACCCACUACCCUUGCGUUACAAGCACCAUGCUCUACCAAUUGAGCUACAGAGGACCAUAAUAUGGACAGGUUCUUUUACCAAAUAGGGCUAUCUUCUGAAAAAAACCCCUACCUUGUCACAACACAACUGAUUGGCUCAAACACAAUAAGAAGGAAAGAAAUUCCACAAAUUAACUUUUAAUAAGGCACACCUGUUAAUUGAAAUGCAUUCCAGGUGACUACCUCAUGUCACUGAAGCUGAAGCUGGUUGAGUAUCUGGAGCAUCAGCAAUUGUGGGUUUGAUUAACUUUCUUCUGAAACUUGUCAGUCUAUUCUUGUUCUGAGAAAUGAAGGCUACUCCAUGUGAGAAAUUGCCAAGAAACUGAAGAUCUCGUACAACGCUGUGUACUACUCCCUUCACAAACAGGCUCUAACCAGAAUAGAAAGAGGAGUGGGAGGCCCCGGUGCACAACUGAGCAAGAGGACAAAUACAUUAGUGUCUAGUUUGAGAAACAGACACCUAACAGGUCCUCAACUGGCAGCUUCAUUAAAUAGUACCCGCAAAACACCAGUCUCAACAUCAACAGUGAAGAGGCGACUCCGGGAUGCUGACCUUCUAGGCAGAGUUGCAAAGAAAAAGCCAUAUCUCAGACUGGCCAAUAAAAAGAAAAGAUUAAGAUGGGCAGUCUGAGAUAUGUCUUUUUCUUUGCAACUCUGCCUAGAAGGUCAGCAUCCCGGAGUUGCCUUUUUACUGUUGACGUUGUAUUUCUGAUCAAUUUGAUGUUAUUUUAAUGGAUCAAAAAAUUGCUUUUCUUUCGAAAACAAGGACAUUUCUAAGUGACCCCAAACUUUUGAACGGUAGUGUAUAUUUUCAUAUAGUUCCAAAAUACACUGAACAAGAAUAUAAUUGCAACAUGCAACAAUUUCUACGAUUUUACUGAGUUACGCUAUUCCAAACAAGAGUCCUACAUUACAUUUUUUGUUAACUUUAUUCAGUUUAUUAUAAUGGGAAAUUGGAAAUCUAGUAAAGAGGUCAGUUGACUGUGAUAAAUAAAAAAGUAUAUCAGUUUCACUUAAGGACCAAAGGAUUGACAGCAGUCCCAUAUAGAUUGCAAAAUAGUUGGGAAGAGAUCUUUGACGUACCGAUCCCAUGGCAUAGUGUUUAUGAACUGACACGCAAAACGACACCGGAUUCAAAAAUUAGAAUCUUUCAAUUUAAAUUAUUAUAUAAAAUUCUUGCUACCAAUAGAAUGUUAUUUAUAUGGGGGAUACAAUCUUCCCAGCUCUGCAGAUUUUGCUGUGAAGAGAUAGAAUCAUUAGAUCAUUUGUUUUGGUUCUGUCCAUUUGUAGCUUGUUUUUGGACACAGGUCCAGGAAUGGCUAAAGGAUUGCAAUAUUUACCUGGAACUAACCUUGCAGAUAGCAUUACUGGGUGAUCUGAAAAGUCAUAGUCAAUCAAUCAAUAAUAUAAUAAUACUUUUAGCAAGAAUGUUUAUUUUUAAUUCACAAUCUGUAGAAGCAAUGAGAAUAGAAAGGUUCAGAACUUUUGUAAAACAUCACAGUACGGUUGAAAUAUAUAUGGCAAAUAGAAAUCCUAUAUGGAUGGUGUUAAGAGAUAGAUGGGAGGUAUUGAAUAGAGUUGAAGGAUGGGACUAAUAACAAAUAACAACAAAUAAUAACAAAGAUAGCUAAUAAUGUAAGCAUACUGUGUCCAUAAUAAGUAUAUAGGUUGUAUGUUGGGAGCUUUUGGGAAAGAGCACAGUUAGAAGGAUAUGGCAUUUAGAAGCAAACCGGAUGGACAUCAUGAAAAUGAUCGGAGAGGUUGAGAGUAGAAUAAGUUCAGGAGCAAAAAAAUAAAUAAAUAUAUAUUUUUUUAUAUAUAUAUAGAUAUAGAAUUAUUGUAAAAUUAACUCUGUCCAUAAGGUGUAGAUAGUAAGUAUAGACCGGAAGUAGAGGCCUGGGCGUUGUUGUUCACUGAUUUACUCCAAGUAGGGAAAGGAUGGUGGGGUUGAAAAGUAAUAAAGGGGAAUAUAUAUAUAAAAAAUAAAAAAAAACAUGGGGGAUUGGAAGUGAUGCAGACAAUUACAUUGAUAGAAGAUACAAUCUAUCUGCAAUAUUAAGCUGAUCCAUCCCCCCCGAAAGAAAAAUAAAUAAAAAUAAAUAAAAAAUUAAUAAAAAAUAUACCUAAGUAACUAACAAGAUUGCACAACAGGUUGAAAGAGUUCUGGAGCAGCCCCCGCAAUAAAACAGGACAUCAGUGUUCUGGAAUCAGUCAAUGCCGCACUGAAGCCUUUGGCCAACUUCACUGAUGUCCUAUCUGGGAAGACCUAUGUGACAGUGUCGUCAGUUAAGCCCAUUCUACAACUUUUAACGUGGAAAAUUUUCACUCCAAACCCCCACAACUCCAAGCUCACAAGAAAUAUGAAAACGAGAGAUGGGCAGUGUAUUGCAGCACAAGUACAGUGCACCGUAACUACAGGGACUUUAGUCAAAGGCCUCCCUUCUCGACCCCCGGUACAAAGGCAGGAGGAGAGAUUGCUUGGGGGCCACGAAAGAAACCCUAGGCCUACUUUGGGAGAUAUUGGAACUGGGGGCAGUACGCAGAGUCGGCGCCAGUGGUGCCGCUGCCACUACAGCUGGAGACUGGGAUGGCUGUGCACCUCCCCCAGCUAAAAAUAGGAAUCUAGGGUAUCUUAUUAAGAAGGAAAUGGGCCCUCUAAGCUUCCCUCCGCCACCAUGAUGAUGCGCUAUUUGAAAGAGGAGGUACUGGAUGCAUCAGAUAACCCUUUUGUCAUGGUGGCGGGAUAACCACUCUUGCUUUCCUUUCUUGGCUCAACUUGCAAAGAAGUAUAUGUGCAUUUGUGCAACCAGCACUGCGCCCAAGAGAGUGUUCAACACAGCAGGGAACAUCUCUGUCCAGUCUUCACUGAACCCAGAUAAAGUAAACAUUCUGGAGUUUCUUGCUUGGAACCUCAAGGAGGAGGAAGACUUAAAAGCUUACAGCCUAACUUUGGUGUGUGCUAUAGGCCUACUAUAGCAGACUAGCCUAAAAAUAGACAAUGGCUUUGUGAGUACAUGGCACAUCUUUGCUUUUUACAAUUUGUUUAUGAGAGAUAAUAGGCCCUAUUGCCUUUUUUUAUAGCUUACACUUUGAGUGCAACAGCCUACCAUAGCCCUAUUUUUGCUUUUUCAUUCAACAAUUUGUUUAUAAGAAGAAAUGUAGCAUUUCUUUAAAUCUAUGUUUUGAAAGGUUUAGGGCUGUAUUUAUGGCAGUCUCUUGCUCUGUUUUUUGUUGUUGUCUAUACUAAAGCCUAAGUACAGGUACUUGUUGUUGCAAUGCUAAUGUCUUUAUAUCAUCCCAGUAAAAACGUACACCUUUGGCCGACAUAUCAAAUUCUUUAGGUAAUAUUUCGUUUGGAGAGCGUUUGCACAUUGGGAAGACGUCGCCGAGACAUCAGAAUAGAAUGUUCUAAAUACAUCUGCAAGACGUCUUGCCAAUAGGCAAACUAUGCCUAAACUGCAUCAUCCCGAAGUAUCCUCUAUACAUCGUGCCUAUGUUGUGCAGACAUACAGUUGAAGUCGGAAGUUUACAUACACCUUAGCCAAAUACAUUUAAACUCAGUUUUUUCAGUUCUACCCACACAUUUUCUAUAGGAUUGAGGUCAGGGCUUUGUGAUGGCCACUCCAAUACCUUGACUUUGUUGUCCUUAAGCCAUUUUGCCACAACUUUGGAAGUAUGCUUGGGGUCAUUGUCCAUUUGGAAGACCCAUUUGCGACCAAGCUUUAACUUCCUGACUGAUGUCUUGAGAUGUUGCUUCAAUAUAUAUACAUACUUUUCCUUCCUCAUGAUGCCAUCUAUUUUGUGAAGUGCACCAGUCCCUCCUGCAGCAAAGCACCCCCACAGCAUGAUGCUGCCACCCCCAUGCUUCACGGUUGGGAUGGUGUUCUUCGGCUUGCAAGAUACCCCCUUUUUCCUCCAAACAUAUCAAUGGUCAUUAUGGCCAAACAGUUCUAUUUUUGUUUCAUCAGACCAGAGGACAUUUCUCCAAAAAGUACGAUCUUUGUCCCCAUGUGCAGUUGCAAACCGUAGACUGGCUUUUUUAUGGCGGUUUUGGAGCAGUGGCUUCUUCCUUGCUGAGUGGCCUUUCAGGUUAUGUCGAUAUAGGACUUGUUUUAUUGUGGAUAUAGAUACUUUUGUACCCGUUUCCUCCAGCAUCUUCACAAGGUCCUUUGCUGUUGUUUUGGGAAUGAUUUGCACUUUUCGCACCAAAGUACGUUCAUCUCUAGGAGACAGAACACGUCUCCUUCCUGAGCGGUAUGACGGCUGCGUGGUGUUUAUACUUGCGUACUAUUGUUUGUACAUAUGAACGUGGUACCUUCAGGUGUUUGGAAAUUGCUCCCAAGGAUGAACCAGACUUGUGGAGGUCUACAAUUUUUUUUCUGAGGUCUUGGCUGAUUUCUUUUGAUUUUCCCAUGAUGUCAAGCAAAGAGGCACUGAGUUUGAAGGUAGGCCUUGAAAUACAUCCACAGGUCCAAUUGACUCCAAUGAUGUCAAUUAGCCUAUCAGAAGCUUCUAAAGCCAUGACAUAAUUUUCUGGAAUUUUCCAAGCUGUUUAAAGGCACAGUCAACUGACCCACUAGAAUUGUGAUACAGUGAAUUAUAAGUGAAAUAAUCUGUCUGUAAACAAUUGUUGGAAAAAUGACUUGUGUCAUGCACAAAGUAGAUUUCCUAACCGACUUGCCAAGACUAUAGUUUGUUAACAAGACAUUUUUGGAGUGGUUGAAAAAUGAGUUUGAAUGACUCCAACCUAAGUGUAUGUAAACUUCCGACUUCAACUGUAUGUGUGCUAUCUGUACAUUGCUUUCUGGUGCUUUUGGUUUUUUAAAUAAAAAAAAUAAAAAAAUGUAAAACAUUGGAUGUGUUUGUGUAUGCUUAAUCACAACAGCAACAACAACAGCGUAAUAGGGCUCCCGAGUGGCGCAGUGGUCUAAGGCACUGGAUCUCAGUGCUUGAGGCGUCACUACAGACCCCCUGGUUCGAUUCCAGGCUGUAUUAAAAUCCGGCCGUGAUUGUGAGUCCCAUAGGGCGGCGCACAAUUGGCACAGCGUCGUCCGGGUUUGGCCGGUGUAGGCCGUCAUUGUAAAUAAGAAUUUGUUCUUAACUGACUUGCCUAGUUAAAUAAAGGUAAAAAAUAUAUAGAUAAUCUUUGAUAAUGGUGAUGGUGGUAGUAGCCUAUAGAAGGCUUUUGUCUCCAAGCCAAGGGUAGGAGUUCCGUCUAGCGGUUGAAUAUGAGAAGCAGUAGUGCACAGGAGAAUAAGCACUUUGACAGCAGUUAUUAAACAUGUUUUUGUCUUUUGUGCACUUGUGUCCUAAACAGCGUGUGGGGCUGGCCUGUUUGGCCCAGGGUGUGAGGAGCAGUGUCAAUGUAACCAUGGGGCUGUGUGUGACCAUGUCAGCGGAGUGUGUGUGUGUCCUCCUGGCUGGAGGGGACCCAAGUGUGACCGAGGUAAGGCCUGAGUGCUGAUCUAUGAUCAGUGUUGCCUUUUAGAUCAUAAUGAAUAAGAUUACAUGGACAGGGGAUACCUGAUCAUACAUCAGCAAACCUACUCUGAGGCGCUUUAUGAAUACAGGUCAUGAUAUAUAGUAAAAUAUUAAUGUAUAGUAACUAUUUAUUACAAGGACCUGUAUAUACUGUAAAUCACAACAGACUGUAUGCAUUGCCUUAAUUGAACAUAUGUAAUUUCCACAUUCACCACAGCCUGUUUACCUGGCUCCUAUGGGAAGGACUGUCUGAGCUACUGUAACUGUCCCCACGGCACUUCCUGUAACCAUGUGUCCGGCAAAUGUGGCUGUCCCCCUGGAUUCACUGGCAAUGGCUGUGAGCAAAGUGAGUGACUUGGGAAAGCUGAAGGAUAGUGUAUUGUACUGUUUUUCUUGUUUUGUGUUGCAUUGUGCUUAACAAAAUAACAGACUCUGCAAUGACACAUGCAAUGAUUGAAAAUCAGCUGUUUAGCAUCCUGACAAGUUAGCAUUAGUUUGGUGAUAGAUUGUGGUGUGUCAUAGUGUAUUAAGUGCCUGUAGAGGGAGCUAUAGUCUAGCCUAGAAGCUAGAGCCAGAGGGAUAGGAGAAUAGAGUCACGGAGAACAGAAUUCUAUUGCCAUAUUUGAAUAAUCCAGAAAUGUAUCCGUGGUUCCUUGAGGUAAGCACAGAUCUAGUAUGCUUUCACCAUCACCAAUCCAACCAUUGCAGAUCUAUGAUAACCUCAAGGAAAGUAGGAAGGAAGGAUGCAUUUCUGAAGUAUUCGAACAGGGCCUAUGAGGUAGAUAUGCAUUGUAUGUAAUGGUGGUGCUGAUUGAAACGGCAGUAAAUAUACGUAUUGUUUUCUUAUUACUUCUACGGUAGGCAUACUGUACCUUUGUUGUAUGGGGUUGACGUGUGUGUUUUGUGUUUGUCUACCAGUAUGCCAACCUGGCACGUAUGGGCUGAACUGUAACCAGGUGUGCCAGUGCUCUGGCACCAACCAGCUGUGUCACCCUGUCACCGGCCUCUGCGUCUGUGCCCCGGGUUACCAUGGCAACAACUGUGAUCAAGGCAAGCACCCCACACACAUACACAGACAGGCACACACUUCCUUAACCAAUGUCACAAAGGAAUUCCACUGUUAAAAAUGUGUUAGCUUACAAUAGUCAUAGUUAGGUUCAGGAAUUUUUCCACAAUGUGACCUGAUCAGGAAGAACUCUUGGCCCUAGUUAUGACAUCACCUGAUCAGAAAAAAACGUUUCUCUUACCAGUAGGAAAUGUUCUAACCAUAAUAACUACCACAACUAAGUCCUGUGUAUGUUUGCCUUGAUAGAGUGUGACAUGGGACGGUAUGGCCCAAACUGUGAACGCCUGUGCCAGUGUCUGAAUGCCGGCGUGUGCCAGACCACCACGGGCACCUGUCAGUGCCCAUCGGGGUACAUCGGAGCAGACUGCAACACCAGUGAGUGCGAACGUGUGCCAGGGGAAUGGGCUUAUCCAUAGGCUACUGACAGAAGGAGGGGGAGAUUACAUUUUCAUAUAAUACAUUGAUAUUUACAGAGUAUUUAGUUGUAAAUGGUAAUUGCAUAAUUAUAUAAAAAAUAUAUUUUAAUUUAUUUUUGAUCCUAUAACACAAGCAGUACCAUAUAACAUUUGGUAUGGUCUCCUCUCUUUCCCCUAUCUUUUCCUCUGGUUCUACCAGCAUGCCUGUCAGGGCGCUAUGGGCAGGACUGUGCCAGGGUGGCGCUGUGUGGUGAAGGGGCACAGAGUGACCCAGAGACAGGCAGGUGUGUGUGCAAGGCUGGCCAGCGGGGAGAAGACUGCAGACAGGGUAAAAUACACACAUAUUUCAGUUUAUUCUUGCUCCACAAUGAGUGUCAUCAAUGUAAUAAUCCACCCAGUCAAGGUUUAUCGACAGUAUGGUAUGUGUUUGUGUGUGUCAGGUUGUGCCCAGGGCUGGUAUGGGGAAGACUGUGGCCAGCACUGUAACUGCAGUAACGGUGGUGUGUGUGAACUCGUCUCUGGAGGCUGUACCUGCGGACUAGGCUGGACCGGACCCAGCUGUGAUACAGGUGACCUGACUAUACAUACUAUUUUAAUUCUUUCAAUGACUUUGCGCAUUUGCUUUAGCCAGCCUGGAGUGCAAGGUAGGUGAUGUUUGCAAAGACAUUUAUAUUGGUUCAAUUGGAUGAGGCAAGCUCAAUCAAGCACAUACACAGUAUUUAAAUUAUUUCAAAUAGUAUUUAAACCCAGGUCGUGACAACCAUGUCAACAACUCACAUUUCCCAUACUCCUCAUUGUGUUGUUUUGUGAAUUGAUGUGAAGACUCCAUUUGAGUGCCCCUGAUAUCAUGAGCCCAUGACACCAUUCCAUUGCAUACCCAUGACAAGGUGUUGUGUGUGUUUCUGUUGCUUGGUCAUGCAGAGUGCCCAUCAGGGAGUUACGGGGCCAACUGCAAACUGCGGUGUGAUUGUCAUAACAACGGGACAUGUGACAGAGUGACGGGAGAGUGCCGGUGUGACCCGGGAUACUAUGGUCACCUGUGUGAACACGGUGAGGCAGGGCCAUUCAGUCUGUCUGAUGUUCUGUUGUUCUUAUGGUCUGUUUGAUGUUCUAAAGUUCUACUAUUCUGUCUGAUGUUCUGUCUAGCUUGCCCUGCUGGUUUCCAUGGCCACCGCUGUCAACACCAGUGUAAGUGCCGAGGCCUCGCCCCCUGUGACCCAAGCACAGGGCACUGUCUCUGCCCUCCUGGUUACCAUGGAUACCGCUGUGAGAAAGGUGAAAAGCGUGUUUAACAAUCAGAAAUAAGGAUUAUGCUGAGAUUUAUUAGAUACCAUUGCUGAUAAAGUGGGAAUGUUACAUGCCCCAGUCAUAGUCUUUUACCUACAAUGCUGAAGGAUGGGGACUACUUUCCAUUCUCAUAUCCAUGUGUGCCCUGAAUGCUACACCCCCCCUCUCAUUCCCUGUCACAGAGUGUGAGCAGCAUCGUUUCGGGGUGAACUGCAACCAGUCAUGUGACUGUGAGGGGGACACCCCAUGUGACCCCAUGACCGGCCACUGUCUGUGCCCCCCAGGGAAGAUGGGAAUGCGCUGUGACACAAGUAGUUGUUUGCUUCUUUUUAUUUAUCUAAUAUCUAAGUAGUGUGAUUUAUCAACAUUUUUCAAACAACUAUGGGGCGACUCCUAACUUCCACUUAAGUCAAAUGUUCACUUAGUCUCCCAUUAACAUCAAUGAAGUUAGACUUAAAGUCAAUGUAAGGAUUCAACCAUGCCUAACAACACUAUAAUCUAAAAGUGUUGUCGCACUUCUUGCGUCCCUGUCUGGGUUGUGUCCAGAUUGUCCAGUGAACCUCUACGGCCCGGACUGUUCUGAGAGCUGUGAGUGUAGGAACGGGGCGCGGUGUGAUCCACGGAACGGCCGCUGCACCUGUCUACAGGGCUGGAUAGGACCCACCUGUCAGGAAGGUACGUGUAUUAAUAAGGUGACGGGACAGAGCAGGCACAGUAUUAUGGGCACUAUAGUACAUUCUACACUAAGAACUGCAUGACUAGGAGAAAUAUCCCACUGAUUAAGGUGCUACACAAUAACACACAUGUACAGAGACAUUUAAGAUCAAAUAAAAUAAAACUCGAAACACACUUUACAAUAAAAAUAAAGGAGAUAAAAAGCAAGCAGGAGGCAAUAGAAUAUAUGAAUAAAAGAACAUAAAUAAAAAGUAUAACAUGAUAGUGAAAGCUGUUUUAUAGGAAUUCAAUCUAAAACAAAUAAUGCUCUCUCUUCUCUCUCUGUCUUCUCAUCUGCAGGAGGGUCCUCACGUCUCCACAGCCGUCCCAACAGAAAUGAAGAAAAUAAUCACUCACACUCUCCUGUUCCAGUAUAGCACCCCCUACUGACUGACCCCCAGCUGGGGUUUACAGGUCACCUCUAGAGGCCACAGCGCUCCAAACUGAACUGACACACUCUCAAAACAAUAGACUGUUUAUACAGAGAUGGGAGUGCAAUGGCUGGGACUUGAUGAACUAAAUACCAGUAGGUGUCACCAGAGAAUUUGUACCGAGACCGUCUAUUGGUGUCAGAGCCGGGACCUAUGAACUGGAGAUGCCAUUUAUGGAGAGUUGUCUAAUCGCAGACAUUGAGACAAUGGAGUUCACAUAACACAUUACAUCAUAGGAUUGACUCUGCUACACGUCACGCUACGGGGUUGACUCUGCUACACUUUGCGUGACAGGGUUGACUCUUAUAUACUUUUUGUUACGAGGUUGACUAUCCUACUCUUCAAGUUACGGGGUUGACGCUUAUACACUUUACGUGACGGGGUUGACUCUUCUAUACCUUUCGUUACGAGGUUGACUAUCCUACACUUCACGCUAUGGGGUUGACUCUGCUACACUUUGCUUGACUGGGUUGACUCUUCUAUACUUUUUGUUACGGGGUUGACUCUGCUACACUUCAUGUUAUACGGUUGACUCUCAAAGGUACUUAAGAGUUACCAGACACUGGGACACUUUUUCUUGCUUGCCCUGUAUAAGAGGACAUUUCAUUGCGUGUACGUUGUGUGUAUGUAAAUGUGUUCACGUCUACAAUACAAUUAUGUUGUACUUAUACUCUCACGAUAUGGUAGUACCUCAUUGGAAGGAGGUUUUCACAUGGAGGAUAUUUGCAUUACGUUGACAGAAUUUGUUGUACUUUGGAGUAAUAUCAUUGAAGUUGUAGUGCUGCUUAUUGGCUUCUCCAAAAACAAUAGGCUACACACACAUGAUCCAUUUGUUCUCUUUGCUGCCACCAUUGCACUAUACAGACUCCUAUGACACAGUUGAUUUAAAAAUAAGAAACAAUUCAGGAUAAUGUUGAUCUGAAUGAAAUGUUCUACAGUAUUUAGAAAAUUAGUACCCAGUGAUGAUGAAGUGCACAGUCAUGCACACAGGUCAAUAGGCUUUAGUCCAUAUGCCUUAAUCUACAUGUUGUAUACUGUAUGAAGUAAGUUACAGUUCCUCAGCGAAAUGGAGGGAAAAGUGCUGCGGUUUUCAAUAAAGCAAUUUUCGGAUUGUA